AUGGAUUCUGAUUUAACGUUAAAGGAGUUACAGAGACAUAUAAGAAGCACACUACGAUCCAUUCAUGAUCUUGAAUAUACAAGACAUGUGAGAGGGCCAACUGAGCGGACGGAAAUGGAUAAAAUGCUGCGAGAGGUAGUAUUUACAUAUUUGUACUUUUCGAUAUCGAAUGGGGGACAAAGUUUACCUGUACUUUUUCCGCGGCCUAAUCAGAAGAUAAGCGAAGAAGGUAAUGAAGGUGUGGAUUUUUAUCCACGAUCUUACGAGGAUGUUUUCAGCGCACAUAAAGUAGCAGACUCCGUUCGUAAACCCUUUUAUUCGGUGGAUGAGUCGAGAUCACACAAGAGUCAUAAGCACACGGGUAGAUCAUGCGGUAGAAAAUUUCUGGUUGGAGAACCAAUCUAUAGGUGUUUAGAAUGUGGAUAUGAUGACACAUGCGUACUGUGCAUUGAUUGUUUUAAUCCCAUGGAUCACAAGGGACAUCAUGUUUACACAGAAAUUUGUGCCGAUUUUAAUACUGGGAUAUGUGACUGUGGUGAUCCAGAGGCUUGGAAUAACACUCUACACUGUAAAGCUGAAGAGGAUGAAGUUGAUGACGUUGAUUCAGUGGAUUUUUCGGAUGAAAAGUAUUCUGGUAUUUUUGAGAUAGUAUUGAGCGAAGUAUUUGAUUACUUUAUUGAUGUUUUCAAUCAAAAUAUAGAACCACUGCCCACUUUGCAGAAGGAUAUCACCUUGAAGUUGAGGGAAAUGAUUCAGCAAGGAAAGUUAAUGGAAAGAGCAGAAUUUUUGAAGGCACUUGCUUAUAAAAAUGAAUUUAUCAUGAGCGAUUCGCGUAGUCCAGAUAAUAUAGAUGAGGUUGACGUUUUAUUUAAAACCUCGAUACCGUCAGGGCUAAUGGAUUUGAAAAAUUAUACUGUUAUAAUAUACAAUGAUGAGUACCAUAAUUAUUCACAGGCAACGACAGCUCUUAGACAAGGUGUUCCUGACAAUAAACAUACAGAUCUUUUGGCUUCUAAAAUCGAUUCGGAGGGACGUGCAAUGCUCAAAUGCUCAACUAAUCUAUCAGACGUCAUUGGAGGCUUUUUUGCAGUACAAACAAACGGUUUAAGUGCAACCUUGACGACUUGGUCUGAAUAUAUCCAUCAGGAAACAUGUAAAUAUAUCAUUUCCUGGCUCUCUCAUUGUUUGAAUGUGCCUAAUCCAAGUUUUCAGAACAGUUUUCGAAGCUCAAUGGGCAAAGUUUUGUGUUCAGAAUAUACAGAAGCUUCUAACACAGUUGACGUGACAAGGAUUAUACAGAAAUACUUUGGUAAUAAAUGUGACGAAACCAAUCCGUGUAGAUUCGCUGAUUUAUCUGUCCUCGAUGAAGGUAAUAAGAUACCUUUCGGCCACCAUAAAAUAUUGGCUGAAACAAGUUUGGAUUCGAUAUCCAACAAUAUCAAUGAAGUGUACAUGUCUAAGUCAAGAGCCUAUACAAAUAGUAGGUUACAACAUAUAUUCUAUUUCGAUAAUAGGUAUUGGAAGAAACUGAGAAAGAGUAUACAAAAUGUCAUCAUUCCAACUUUAUCCUCAUCUAAUAUUUAUAAACCUUUGUUUUGUGCGCAAGUGGUUGAGAUAUUCAAUCAUAUUUCAAGAUCAGUGGCAUAUAUGGAUAGAGAACCCCAAUUGACAGCGCUUAGGGAAUGUGUCGUUCAAUUAUUCACAUGUCCCACGAACGCCAUGAUGAUUUUCAACAGCGGAGCUUUUAAGGAUGUCCUUUGGUCCGUAAUAGAUAUUUUCAGGGAGUUUUCCAAGUUAGAGGGUGGCUUAUUGGUAUGGCAAAGAGUCCAAAAGAGUAAUCCUACAAACAGCUAUACCCUGUCAUUUAGACAAGGCUUAUAUGCCGUAGAAACAUUGUUGAGUAAAGUAACUGAUUGCAAUAUUUUGCUCAAGCCUGCGGAAUUCAUUUCCAUUGUAACACUUUGCAAGCUUUUCAAUGGUGCUUGGAAAAUCAAAAGAAAAGAAGGUGAACACGUUUUGCAUGAAAAUCAGCAUUUUAUUCCAUAUUCGGAAUAUACAACUUCCAUUUAUACCAUCAUUGACACCAUUGAUAAAAUACUCGACAAUUCAAAGACCAAUAUCGAUUUAAGCUUACUUUUGAAUGCCAUUAAACUUUUGACAACAUUUUUAGGUCAUAGGUCCCUUAGUUACGCAAUUGUGGAUGAUUCUCAAGAUAUUAUCAAAUUUGAAGUACACAAGGACAGAGUUGCAUUUAUGAACCCUGUUCAUACUCUUUUUUCCUUUUUGAUCGAAAAAGCACCACUAAAUUCUGCCUUAAAAGCUACCACCGGUUGCUCAGACUUCCUUAUUAUUUCCGAUUUUGCAUUAAGAUCUGUAGUCUUGUGCGCUCAAAUUGAUGUUGGGUUCUGGGUACGGAAUGGUAUGUCCGUACUACACCAAUCUUCUUAUUACAAAAACAAUCCGGAGUUAAGUUCCUAUACUAGGGAUAUUCAUCUGAAUCAAUUGGCUUUUUUGCGUGAAAGUGAUGAUAUACCACGGGUGAUCUAUAAUACUCUCGAUAGAUGGGAACUUCUAAAGCGGUUCAAAGGUGAUGUAGAUUUUGAUAAAACGAUAUAUGAAGAUAAAAUCAACCCCAUCAUUCAACAAUUUAUCGCCUUCAUUUACCAAGUUUUGACUGAAAGACAAUUCUUCGUCAAGUUUCCCUCAGCAAAGGAAAAGAAAAUAUUUCACAUUGAAAAUGCUAUAAUGCACACUUUAUGCAAUGAGCCUGUAUCGUACUCAAAAUUACUAAGAUCGAUUCCUGACUAUCUGACGGAAGAUGCAGCAGAUCUAGAGUCAGCUUUGAAGAAAGUUUCUGUAUUUGUGGAACCUACAGGCUUGGCCGACAGCGGCGUAUUCAAAUUGAAAAAUGAGUAUUACUCCAAAGUGGAUCCUCUCAAACUUUUGAACAUAGCUAAUGAAUUUGAAACAAGCGCUGCAAUAAUAAAAGGUCAACUGGCCAAGGGAAAGAAGGAAAUCGCAAAAGUGGUGUUACAACCGCAAAUUUUGCCGCCAGAUAUGUUAGAUGGAAAUGCCGGGAGAUUAGGAGAGUUUACCAGAACAGACUUAUUCGCUAAACUAAUAUAUAAGCUUCUUCAAGUUUCAAUUGAAAGAUCGGACGGGGCAUUUUUGUAUGAAUUGCUCCAUUUAAUUCAUGCCAUAUUCAAGGAUGAUGAGCUUGUCAAUGGAAAAGACUCUGUUCCCAAAGCUUAUUUAUCAAAGUCAAUCUGCAAUCAGUUAUUGCUAAUAUCAAAUGCAAGUCAAGCAACUUUUUCCGAUUUCAUAAGGCGGAAAGCAGAUUAUUUAUUGGAAAACAUGAUACUUAAGAGACCUGCUGAAAUUUUUGACUCUUUAAUAACUAGUUUUGGUCAUCAAUAUGUCGAGGACUAUAAAGCCAAGAGAGUCGACCAGGGUAUCAAACUUGAAGAAGAUGAGAAAGCUCGAAAGAAAAGGCUGGUUAAGAAACGUCAAGAAAAGCUGCUAGCUAAAUUCAACAACCAGCAGAAGAAGUUCAUGAAAGAAAACGAGUCAACAUUCACUCAUAAUGAGGGUUCUGGCAAUGAUUAUGAUGCUGACAUGAAAGACGAGUCUUUGUAUGAGUCAGAGGAUUUUGCAUGUUCUUUGUGCCAAGAUGACACUUCAACAGAUCUCUUUGUUAUGCCUGUGUACCAUGAUCAUACACCCAUCUUCCGUCCUGGUGACAUUUUGAACCCUAAGGAGUUUGCAACUGAAUGGACUGGAUUUUUUCAAGACGACCAGAAACUUACCUACCAUGACGAUGAGACCUUAAAAGUUUUACAAAAUAAUGGUAGUUUGGGCUCGCGAAAAGUUGUUGUUUCUUGUAACCACAGCAUUCACCAUAGCUGUUUCAAACGAUAUGUUCAGAAGAAGCGGUUUUCCACUAAUGCAUUUAUAUGUCCGUUAUGUCAGACCUAUUCCAACUGUGUUUUACCUAUUCGCCCAACUUCUAAAGUGAAUACAGGAUUAACACUGGACUCUCUAGUGAAUGAAGAGAUUUCUGUUGAUAUUCUGUCCAAAUUAUUUGGAGCCAUGAGUGCAGCAGAGUUUAAAAAUGUAUACUCAACUUUUAACCUAGUGAAUCUACACUCUCAUUCCUAUGAUAGGACAGCUCGAAAUACACCUGGUUUUGAAAAUAAGGACACAUCAUUCAUUUUAUCUGUCCAUUGGGCAAAUACAGUUUCUAUGCUAGAGAUAGCUUCCAGGUUAGACUCUCCAACCGAUGCAAGCUUUUUACGGGGCAAAGAGCAGAAGUAUAAGACUCUCAAAUAUACUUUAGUUUCAAUUUUAUUAAUGUGCUAUGGGAUAGGAAAACCAAACCCAAGCUUUGAUCCAUACGCGGACUUGGAUGUAAUUUGGCAUGAAAAUCAACUAUUUCAAUACAUUGUUAAAAAGUGUUUGUAUUCAAACGAGUCUUUAAAAGACACUGUAUCGAGGGCCUUUGCUCACUACUCGAAGCAGCAUCUCGAUAUGUUUAUCAGUGGCCUUCAGUCGAAAGAUACAGAGUUGUUGUAUAACAAAGCGUUGAGCUGUGGAGGUCUAAUAAAUGCACGUGAUGCUGGAGUAUUGUCUGCUUUGAGAAUGAUAAUCGCGCCGCAGGUAAACGAUCCUAAACUUUUGAGUAUAACUUAUGAUUUGGCUUACACCUCUUUGAUCAAGAAUAUUUUGCCAACCAUUAGACGCUGCUUAAUUCUCUUAAAAGUAUUUCAUGAUCUGUUGAAGGACAAAGAUGACGAUGAGUUUAUAAUCAAUGACACUGUCGUGGAAGAGAUAAUCAUACCCUCUGACCUCCCCAGAUUUGUUGAUGGCUUUUUGAAAGUCACUACUCAUUAUAAUUCUUUGUCUCAAUUAUUGUGUGUUGGUUGUGCAAAAUUGGAACCUAGUAAUGAGCGAUAUUUACAGAACAUUCCAUUUGAGUACUCUGGUGUUAUAAAACUAAUCAAUUUGGCAAAGUAUCUAAAUACUUAUGUGACGAACACCAAGAGAAUAGGAUUACGAGAAGAACAUUCAGCUCAUCUCCCAAAUGCCAAAAAUAGGUUAGAUUUCAAAAUAUGUUUAACAUGUGGGGUCAAAGUUCAUCUGCGAAUGGAUCGUCAAGAAAUGUCUAAACAUUUGUGCAACUAUUGUUUUAAACCUUUUGGGGCUUUUCUGGUACCUAACACAAAUGAGGUCUGUCUCUAUCUCCUGCAGCCAGCAUCAAAAAUUUACGUCUCUGCACCUUAUCUGAAUUCACACGGUGAGGCUGGCAGAAACGCCAUGAAAAGAGGGGACUUGACAACGUUAAAUUUGAAGAGGUACGAAUAUCUAAAUAAAUUGUGGAUCAAUAAUGAAAUUCCUGGUUAUAUAAGCAGAGUGAUGGGUGAUGAAUUUAGAGUCAACAUUUUAUCCAAUGGGUAUAUAUUUACUUUCAACAGGAAUUUUCGUCUUCGGAGAGCCCCAACCCGUGAUGACGGCGAGGAUGAUGAUUUUGAUGAUGAUGCUGAACCUUUUGGUGGUCAUUCUAGUGAUGAAGAUGAAAGAGAUAUAGAAAUGGUGGAUGAUCGUAUAGCUGAUCUGGGUGACGGUGCAUUUUUAACGAAUAUGGGCAAUCCUGAAAUAACUAAUCAAGAAAAUGGGACUACAGCUUUGAACGCAUUGGAUAAUAUCAGAAAUGCAAUCGCAAAUGGAUUCAAUGGCGGUGAUGCUCCAGAUCCUGCGAGACUAUUGUACUUUUUCCCACCAGAAAUGAGAGGGCUGAAUGUGCUUGUAGACAUGGAAGAAGAUGACGAGAUAUUGGAUAAUGCAAACGACGCAGAAAGUGUCCAGGAAGUGGCAAACGAUCAUGCGGAACAUGGGCAAGAGGAGCAGGAAGCUGUUGAAGUGAACAAUGAAGAACAAAAUUUGGAACAGGAACGCGAGCAUGAGCAUGAGCAUGAGCAUCAACAUGAACAAGGAUUUUCAGAGAACACAAAUUUAGAUCCUACAGUUUGA